AUGAUUUCGAACAUUGGGGACCACUCCAAUGGGUCCCCCGUCGCCGUAUCUUAUCUGGCUGGUUACAUCUUUCUUUCCUAUGUGGUUAGCACAAUGGGAUGUGCUACCACUCUGGAGCUGCUUCACAGACGGACCUCGAGGGCUGGUCUAUACAACUGGUACCUUCUUCUCACUUCAUCCAUUACUAUGGGUGGUAUCGGUAUCUGGUGUAUGCACUUUAUCGGCAAUAGAGCCAUCGUCCUCGGCGAUGGAUCACCUCAUCUACAGAUCAUGUAUAGCGUGAGUUUCACGGGCGUUUCGUUCGUGCUGCCUGUGGUAGUCUUGUUCACAGCCUUCUACUCGACCGAAGCCGGCGAGAAAGCAGGAUAUCUUCGCAUAAUUACGGGAGGGUUACUGACAGGCAUCUCGGUGUGUGGGAUGCACUACAUUGGUCAACUUGGUAUUGCCAAUUAUCGAUGCACUUACAAGAUUGCACAUGUCGUCGGAUCUGCCAUUAUUGCCGUUCUUGCGAGUACUGUAGCUUUGGGUGUCUUCUUUCGAUGGAGAGCGACAUGGACAAACAGUUGGUGGAGACGUGGUAUUUGUGGCUGUCUACUUGCCAUAGCUGUCUCAGGUAUGCACUGGACGGCUGCCGUUGGUACUUCUUACAGAGAUCAUAUCCCUUCUGUCAGGCAAGGCGGCCAGCUUUCUAGAAGUCAGACUGUCAUCAUCUGCUCCGUCUUGGCAUGCGUGGCCUGCACCGUUCUGUCAGCAUGUGCUAUCGCUGCUGGCGGAGAUCGCCGGCGAUCCCGAACAAAGGCCAAGCAAGUGGUUCUGAGUUGUGCCUUCUUCGACCCGGCUGGUCGAGUCAUGGUAACUCCGCACGCCAGCUUACCAAGUCGGAAGAUUGUUGAUAAAUAUAUUGGAAAGACUUUCAAUGAUGACGAUCUCACAAGGACUCAUUCCGCCUUCCUGUGGGCAUUUCGAGCCACCAGAAAUUGGAAACUUGUUCAGGAUGUCGUUCCUUUCAUGAGAGGUCGGAUCGAAACCGAAGAGGCUGCGAUCAAGCAAUACGCUUCCAAGGGAAGCGAGACAGGCGGGGACACGGAGAUGCAAGCUGACUUUGACGGGUUGUUUAAACAGCACUUUUGUGUAACCGCCCAAGAUCUGGCCGAGGAACUCAGACAGCCCCUUCAGGACAUGGGAGUGUUGUAUGAUGAUAUUUUGACUACUACAACCCCAGUAUCCCGGUUCUCACGGGCUAUGGGAUAUUCCCGACUGCGUGCCAACAAGGGCCAGAUGAUGUUCACCGUCCGACAACUGAAUAAGCAUGAGACGUCUCGCUUGGCGGCAUCCGGGCACCGUUUCACUUCAAUCGAGAAUGUUAUUCCCUUGCUGUCUCGCCGGAUACAUGUUCCGUCACCAGCUCUGGAGGCUCAUCUCAGGGACAUGCGAGAUUACGCGACAUCUGGUCGAAACUUCGAGCCAGGAGUCCAUCUCGUAUCGUUUAUGAUGCGCCCAACUGUGCAUGACAACUUUGAGGUUCUCACUGCCAAAGGCGUCAGCAACCCGUUACCAUCCGCUACCCUGCCAAUUAAACGGUUGCAGAUUGUACAUUUGGAACUGUUGUCGCAUAUGGAAGGAUGGACUGUCUCGACUUGCCUGCAUUGGUUGGAAUCAGAGACCGCUCGUGCAUACACAGAAGCCGACGAUUUCCGUGAACAGUUAAUAAAAGCAAUGAAGGAGCUGUCCUCUGCUCUGUCACCGAAUAUCAACUCAACCUCUCAAUUCUCGGCUCGCCCAUUGAUAGCUCCCUGUCGCACUACAAGACAGUCUGAGGAAACCAACUGCGUUAUUCUUUCCUUCUGUGUGGUCGGGACUCUGGAUACACAAAUCUCAAAUCCGGACUUCAGCUUUACGCCCCUUCGUCUUUUCAAAGUACAACAGCAGGUCAACGAUGGAUUCACCGGUGGAGACGGAUUUGCGAAGGAGCUCAGCAAAGAGUUAUACUACUCCAACGUGCGCUCCAACUCAACAACCGAUUCUGAAAUCGCACCCUCCGUGCGGCCCAUCCUUCGCUUCUGGCCGAGCCGCAAACAACCUGCUGACAAAGUCAGCGUAACCUCUCAAGAAACCCUGGCGGAGGGUUCAUCGUUUGGUGAGAUUACAGUUCGCAAGGAGGUCAAAGUGGACGUCGCCAAGUUCGCCGAACUGUCCACGCCGACCGGCUUGGGACCGCACACUUCGCAUACAACCGUGGUGGCUGGCGAUUCAGCUUCAGGCACCUAUGUCGACGAACUGUAUAAUAUCUGUUAUUCACCCAGGAUUCGGUUGCGUCCGGAUACGUUCCAACAAUCGUCGAAACUUGGCUGA